GGCUGGCGUUUUAUGGUAACCGAGCGCGUCUUAGUAUAGUUAAGAGAUGCGAUGACGAUUUUAGUCACGCUCGCGACGCCGCCGUGACAACUGCCUCCGAGACUCAACCCUUCGUCCGCAGACACAUACAAGGAUCCUGUUACAGAAUCGCCAGCAGCUGCCUCGACACCCACUAGUAACCAAGCCGCAGAGAGCGCGAUGGCCCCCAAGCACCCCCACCUGGGCUCCCCAGGCACCCCCGCCUUCCUGGCCCGCAUGAUGGCCAUUCCGGCCCUCAACGACGCCUUCAUCUUCGCCUCACACCUCUACGACAACACCAAGCAGGACAGCAACGAGUACGUGCGCGCCGCCCUCCUCGCGGCAGAGGAGGGCGUGCGAGCGGCAGCCACAGGUGCGCUCCCCCUAGCGGCACCCAUCGUGGAGCGAGUGGGCGGCUGGGAGGCUGUGGAUAACUGGGCGUGCCGCGGAAUCGACCGGGUGGCUCAGGCGGCGCCGAUCAUCACGAAGCCGACCGAGGAGAUCGUGAGCACAACCAGGGAGCGCAUGCUGAUGGCCGUGGCCGGGACGGGCACGGUGCCCGUGUCGCUCUCGGCCGCCCUCUCCGCCAGGGCCUCCAGCACGGUAGAAUUCAUGUCGAAGCUGUCCGGAGGGCAGGCCGCCACAGGCGUAGCAGCGCGGAUCGUGAACACCGCUAACACGCUUCUGGACAGUGUCUUGCCAGCCAAGCCAGGAGAUCCAAGAGAUACAGUUGCAGAUGCUGGGAGUGUGGGAGCCCUUUUGAACAAAACCAGAAGGCGGCUGUAUCGCACAAUGCACAAUGUUGCUUACCCGAGGCUGAAACACACUCGUGAAAGUAUAGAUGGCUCCUUCUCUGCCUCUCUUUUGUACGACUUCGGACGUCAAGCAGCAUCAACACUAUACAGUGAAAUUAGCCGUCAGCCGGAAAGAGGAGAAGUCGCUUCCCUGCCCAUGCGCCUUGCCCGGUCAACGUUCCAGAUGAACCUACAGAUCGGGCAAAGAUUAGGCCCUGAUUUCCAGAGGAGCGUUGCCAACAUGCAGGACUCUUUCAAGUCUCGAGAUCUCAACAGAGCUACAAGAGAGAUGAUUCAGUCAAGCCGAAUUGUAGUGACGAACACCUGGGCUUGGGGAACGAAUUUAUUGGACUCCAGCAGGAUUUGGAUAGAGGAUAGUCUGAGACAGGCCAUGGCAGCAUAUGAGCAGAGAGAAAGGAUGGCAGCAUUGAAUCAGCAGAGAGUCCGGGCAUGGCAGCCUGGAAACUCAGCAGACAAAGAGAGACAGAUCAGGAGGAGGACAAAAGAUUAGAAAAUAGUCUUCGACGUUUGAUGAUUUUGGACCCGAGACAGAUAAUCAUGGCUUAUGCUUCAAAAGUGAUGCAACUGACUAUUUCUUCUGUGUGAUUCUCACCUAACCAUGCAAGUUUCAUUCAUCUUAUAAUAUUUAACCUUCCAUUAUGCUAAUGCUGCCAUAUCAUAUGGCAAUAAACAUUCAUGCUGCA